CUCACUCUGUAAGCCCGGGCCCACUACGUAUCGUAGCUCCCCCGCAUGUCCCCGGGCCCAAGCUCCCAACCUUGGUUCUUCUCGUCCCGAUAUCCAGAGCUUUCUCCCUUGCUUCCUGCCAGCUGAAACGUCGCCCAAUUCCAACCAACAUACGGAUAUUGGUAGUUUAGUGGUACAUGCGCUCGCUCUCCAACUCGCCUGCAUGCAACUUGCAUACACUGGCCCCACCUCAAGCCAACAUCAACAUCCCCCGUCCCUAUUAUCCUCGCUAGCCUGCGCCUUCUCACCCUUGAAGCAUUGCACGCAUGCACUCCUUCCCCAAUCAUCUUCCUGUCCAGUCAGCCCAUCAUCAGCCCAUGAGCCCACGGCAAAACAAUGUACAACCCAAACACGCGUUCAUUCCCAGGCGAGCAAUCCGCUAAUUCCAUCUACCGUAGCUCAGUACCGCGUCACCAUACCCGCAUUCCAGACCCUCCUCAACUGCCAUGCUUCUACUUGCAUUCUACUUGUAGUUUACUUCUACCCCCACCAUAAAAAUAAAAAACAAGACCCUUGGCUCGGCAAUCAUCCGCUCUUAUUCCUCAUGUUUGAGUUUCACCAGGGUAUCCCUCGUCUCACCUCACGGUUUGUAUGGGCUACUCAUCGUGUUAGUCAUGAUAGUGCAGCGGUAGGCCGAGGCCUAGAGCUAGGUCAUGAUGCAAAUCGUCCGAUCCAGACGGCUCUCACCUACUAGUCCGAAAGCUAAGAGCCCUCUUCCCCAUCCUUCCCCAACAGAAACGAGAUGUUUGCCCCUCCUCCACAUACACUAACAUGCCAAUGCCCCCGAGAAUCUGGAGAGGGACUAGGACUACCAUGGCACGCGCCGAGGACAUCAAGCGUCCACCUACACGUACUUAACUCGAUCCCCCUCCCCUCAUCCUCAAGCCCAUACAGUAAUACUACUUUCCACAGAUUUCGCCUGUUUCCAUCGUAGA